AUGGAGUCGGUCUCUCGCAUCUCGUCUUUGAUGGACCCGGCACGAGAACUAACGGUGGAAGCAGCUCAGGCUAUGAGCCUAUCCAAAUCGCUCAAAGGGGGCGGAUCGUCUUCCCGGAACAUUCCAUUUGCGAAGCUCAAAGCUCUCCUAGACAGCAGGAAUGAUCGCGAUAUCCUAGAAGGUUUGAAGAAAGUGACAUCUAUGAUGUUUCAAAAUAAACCUUGUCUCCCCUAUUUCUCGUCAGUCGUCAAAAAUGUCGCAAAUCCAAACCUCGAGGUCAAGAAACUCGUCUACAUCUAUCUCCUCCACUAUGCCGAAUCCGAUCCAGACCUGGCUCUGCUCUCGGUUAAUGCAAUUCAAAAGUCUCUGACCGAUCAAAAUCCCCAGGUUCGAGCUCUUGCUCUACGCACGAUGUCGGGAAUGAGAGUCCCGGUUAUCAGUCAGAUUGUCUCUUUGGCCAUCAAACGAGGCGUGGGCGACAUGAGCCCCCAUGUUCGAAAAGCCGCUGCCCUGGCCAUUCCAAAGUGUUACAAUCUUGACCCCAACACUCUUCCACAACUGCUCGACUACCUAUCCACGCUAUUAAGCGACAAGCAAUACUUCGUUGUUGGCCCUGCUGUUCAGGCAUUCCUGGAAAUAUGUCCUGAACGAAUCGAUCUUAUUCAUAAACACUACCGAAGUCUGGUAAAGAAGCUCGUCGAUAUGGAUGAGUGGAGCCAACUUGCAACGCUGAAGCUUCUACUCUUCUACGGCCGACGUUGUUUUCCUCGGAAGACUCACAGGGUUACCAAAGCCAACAAAAAGGGAUUCUAUGAAGACGAAUCCGAUGCGGUUGUUGAGACAGACGAAGCGGUCCAGAUCUUGGACCCUGAUUUGGAACUCUUCCUCAACGCCUGUAGACCUUUACUCCGGAGUCGAAGUUCAGCCGUUAUCAACUCUGUCGCCAGUUGUUUUCUGUAUCUGGGCGCACCUGAAUAUCUCCAAGAAGCUGUUGGACCACUAGUUGGACUUAUGCGCGGACCCUCAGAAGUGGAAGAAGUAGCAUUAUGCAAUAUUGUGUUGGUCUCAUUAUCAGCGCCCGAGCUUUUUGUGCCCUACGCAUCACAUUUCCUCCUCCGAACACAAGAUUCGCCGCAGAUAUGGAAGCUGAAAAUUGAGCUUCUCACGCUUAUCUUUCCUCAUGCGGCAUUACAUCUCAAGUCUAUUAUUUUAAAUGAACUUGGGCAUUUCUCUCACAGCUCAGAUAUCGAACUCAUCCGUGAGUCGGUCCGGGCCAUUGGACGUUGCGCACAAUCCGAUCCGAAGAAUGCGCAUUGGUGCUUCCAGGUCCUUCUUAAUCAAAUCUCCAGCUUUGACAACGUUCUGGUGUCAGAGGUGCUUACAGUCAUGCGCCAUCUCAUCCAGCAGGAUCCUACUUCCCAUCGGAAAACCGUCGUCCGGUUAGCGAGGAAUCUGGACAGAACGACAAGUCCAGAUGCCCGAGCAACAAUCAUUUGGCUUGUGGGAGAAUUCGCCAGUCUUGACCCAGAUAACAACAUCGCCCCAGAUGUCUUACGGAUCUUGACUAAAGGAUUUGCAGAUGAAAGCGAGUCUGCGAAGCAACAGAUCAUUUUGCUGGCUGCCAAAGUUUACCUAUUGUUUUUGCAGCAGCAGUUUACCGACUCACAAAGCGAGAGGACCGACGCUGCAGCAUCGCAAGACAAUGGUGCAGAGACCUCUCAUAGCGCGGUCGCUCUGGCCCAUCCAAUCGUCAAAUUAUGGAACCACAUUCAACUCCUCGCUCGCUACGAUACCUCAUACGACCUUCGCGACCGAGCUCGAUUAUUCAAAGCUCUCCUCGCCGACCCUAGAUCCACGCAGCUUGCAGCUCUCCUCCUCUUGGCACCCAAACCAGUCCCUCACCCACCCUCUCCUUCUGAGAGUCGGAAGGGUUUGAUGCUCGGCAGCACCACCCUCGUCCUUGGGAAAGACGUCGUCGGCAUGCUCGGGCUUCCCGGCUAUCAGGAACUGCCUGACUGGGUGGAAGAAGACCACGAACCGGACCCAAAACUUCGAGAUGCCAUGGACGGUGGCGAGAAAGACGAGUAUGUGCCAAUAAGCCCAAGAAAAGCUACAACGGUAGCAGCUAGCCGGAGACUUGAUGAGGCGGUUAAAGAGCAAGGGUUGGAGAAGGUUGUGGCUGCGCGAUCGACGAAAGUGAAUGCAAAACCCAGGACUUUGGACGACUGGCUGGCAGAGAGUGAGGAGGAAGAAGAGGAAACCGAGGAAGAGACAGAAAGCGAGGAAACCGAUGAGGAAGAGAGUGAGGAAGAGGAGACUGAGGAGGAAAGUGAAGAGGAUGAAAAGCAGCUGAGAAGGGGCUUGAUGAGCUAG